CACUAUGGGCUAGGGCGCAGUUUGGAGUGUUUUACGGAAGCAUUCAGAGACGGGCUCUGUGUCUGUGACUGGAACGCUCUCGUGGUGAACAGCGAGUGUUGUGUAGCCUCUUAAUCAAUCAGUGAUAUAUAAUUGAGCCCUGUUUGACCUGGUAUUGCCUAUUUUAAUAUCCUAUAUGGUGAUUUUGUUCGGUUAUUCCCCGUAUGAACAGAUGAAUUACUUCUUCCAGACUGUGCAGUAAUAUGCAAGACACAGCAAAAUUCAUGGAGAGUGAGAAGCCUUCAUCUCUGAAACAUUGUAGAGCUUCCACGUCUGUCACUGUCGCCUGGAAUUGGAUUCCGGAGCUGGGGUCAAACAAUGAGCACUUAUUUACACCAGAUGUGGAGGAAACAACUAACAAGACAGAAUACAGGUUCCAGGCGAAACAUCCUGGAAGGUUCUUCUGCUGCGUCACAGGCUUGGUGUUUGUGAUGGAGUUCAGCGGGGUGGUGAUCUACAGCUUCUGCUCCUGGGAAAAAGCCCCCAAGACCCCCGGCAGCUGGAGUCCAGCAGGGCCCCUUUUUGGCGUCGAGUGUCCCCAAGGGACCCUGAAGGAGCUGCACCUCCCUCACUGUGAGAUGUCAUGUGCAGAUGGUAACCUGGCUGUAGCACAUGUAACCGAAGACAAUGUGGAGAUUCUGCAGCCACUGGAGGUGACAGACACACAUGUGGUCAUCAGUCUCACCAGCCUCUCUCUUUUUGGUGUCAUAAAGAGGAAAUUAUUCCCCAAGGUCCGAGGGCAUGUGCUACUACUGCUCCGGCCCAUAGAUAAAGUCUUGAAUGUGUUCUUGCUGCCCCUGAAUGUGCCUCCUGACCAGGUGCACAAGCAGGAGCAACAGAGACAAAACAUUUUCAUUCCUACCAGCUCUAAGUGCAAACUCAUUCAUAAUGAGCGAUACAGGAUUUCCUGUGACCACGAGGCUAUAAGGGGGAUCCAGCCAGAGGUGACGACCCAAACCACGACCAACGAACACAUAUUAAUAUAUCCAAUGUCCAGCUGACAUACAGUACCACUCUAAAGUUUGAGUGCACCAGCUUGAAUCCAUAGUUAUCUGUGCUUUAAACUGUAUAGCCUUGUUUAUUAACAGGGAUUCAGGUCUGCUUUUAUGGGCAUGUGUGUCACAAUUGGGUCCAACUUCCAUGCAUUUGUAAGACAUAAGAGGGGUGAGUGCAUUUGCAGUUACUGUGAAUUAAAUGUUGCAAUUAAAGCCCACAGGGUGGCUCAUACCUCCCAGGUUGGGGGUGUGAAUCCCACCCCAGCUCUUUGUGAGGAACAGUUCCCACUUUUAACUGGGAUUCAGAACAUCACCAGCAAUUUCCCCUCUUCACCUCUAGAA